UGUCAGGAGAGUCAGGGGAUUAUGGUAAGUACUUGGGGCACCAACUACCACUGUAUGUAUGUUGGCUAGUCAUCUCAUGUGUUGCUAAACUUGAACUAUAAACUGCAGUCAGUAAAUCUACACGAUAGAUCAAAACACACCUGAGAGACCUUCAAAUUAUCAACUUUGAUUACUUUGGAACCUCUCCUGAUACCAGCUCAAGGCCAUCUCUGCUACUGUCUAGAUUAAUCCUCUCAAGUUUUUUUUUACAGAGAUAUCAGAGUGAAGACAUAAUAGCGUCUGUCCAGAAAUGGUUAAUUAAUAGCUUGCAUAGGUUAUUUAAGUUCAAUUAACUAUAGUGAUGCCCCUGAUCUAUAUAAAAAGUGGCAUUUGAUUUAUCAUUUGUAUCCCUCUCAGUCCUCAAAGUAUACCAAGCUAGUCUUUUUUACUCGAAAUUUCACUGUAGUUGCCUGAAAUGUUAGCAGCAGCUUUGAUCUGGGGAGUAGUGGUGAUACUAUGCUGUUGGUUUUGGUUUAUUCUGGUAAUAAGAAGGAGGCGUCCAGGUGAGCCGCCAGUGGAAAAUGGGCUACUUCCAUAUCUGGGCUGCGCUUUGCAGUUUGGUGCCAACCCUCUUGAAUUUCUCAAAGCAAGACAAAAGAAAUAUGGGCACAUUUUCACCUGCAAAGUGGCUGGAAAAUAUGUUCAUUUUCUCACUGACCCUUUUUCAUACCAUUCAGUAAUGCGCCAAGGAAGACAUUUGGACUGGAAAAAGUUUCAUUUCACUGCUUCUGCAAAGGCUUUUGGGCAUGGCAGCAUUGAUGGAAACACCACUGAAAAUAUGCAUAAAACUUUCAUUAGAACCCUACAAGGUAAUGCCCUGAAUUCCCUCACUGAAGCUAUGAUGGAAAACCUACAAUAUGUCAUGCUACAAUCAAGUACAAGUGAACUGCAUUCCAACAACUGGGUAACAGAAGGGCUUUACGCGUUCUGUUGUCGUGUGAUGUUUGAAUCUGGCUUUUUAACGCUUUUUGGUACAGAGUUUAAUUCAUCCCAAGACAGGCACCUGUCGCAGGGGGAAACCCAGAGAGAACUUAUUCUAAAUGCUCUUGAGAACUUCAAGACAUUUGAUAAAAUCUUCCCAGCCCUUGUUGCAGGUGUGCCUAUCCAUGUGUUCAAGAGUGCCCACAAUGCUCGGGAGAAGCUGGCCGAGGCUCUGCUCCAUGAGAACCUCAGAAAAAGGAACAACCUCUCUGAGCUCGUCACUCUCCGUAUGUUCUUAAAUGACACUCUAUCUACUUUUGAUGAUAAGGAGAAAGCGAAAACUCAUGUGGCUGUACUGUGGGCUUCACAAGCUAACACAAUACCUGCUACUUUCUGGAGCUUGUUCUAUCUUAUUAGAAGCCCAGAAGCAAUGAAAGCAGCUACUGAAGAGUUGCAAAAAACAUUGGAAAGUGCUGGUGAAAAGAUCACUUUAGACGGCAAACAUAUCUCCUUGGAUCGAAAACAAAUGGAUAAUAUGCCAGUAUUAGAUAGUAUUAUCAAGGAAGCCAUGAGGCUGUCCAGUGCAUCCAUGACUGUCAGGGUUGCUAACGAGGAUUUCACUUUGCACUUGGAUAAUGACUCUUACAACAUCCGAAAAGAUGACGUUGUAGCUCUUUAUCCUCAGCUGCUGCACUUUGAUCCAGACAUCUAUCCUGACCCCUUGACAUUCAAGUACAAUCGCUAUCUCGAUGAAACUGGAGAAGAAAAGACUAACUUCUAUCGCAACGGUCACAAGUUAAGAUAUUAUUACAUGCCAUUUGGAACAGGAAUAGCAAAAUGUCCUGGAAGAUUAUUUGCUGUCCAUGAAAUCAAACAGUUUUUGAUUUUGGUACUUUCAUACUUUGAAAUUGAGCUUCUUGACAAAAACGUGGCUUGUCCGUCUUUAGACCAAUCCCGAGCAGGGUUGGGUAUUUUACAACCAACUAAUGACAUUGAUUUCAAGUACAGAUUAAAAUGUCUGUGAAUAUAUAAAACAUUUUCACCUAUAAGGGAAAAUCAGUAUCAGGAUUAUCCACUGAUUUAAAAACCCCAGAUUAUACCACAAUGCUAAUGUACUACAAUGUGAACAACACACAAUGCUGGUAGGGGCUAGAGAAAUGGUGGUUUUUCCUUUCACCAGGGUUUUCACAUGCAAACUGAGAUUUUUGUAUUGGGGAAUCUGGCAUACUUUUUUUUUUCUGCCAGCAAUCUCAACUUCUCCCUGUGAACAGAGUAAAAAUGUUGCCCUUUAAGUUAAAUAAUUUUCCAUAUUUUCUUGUAAACAAAAUUUUGCCAUAUUUGCAAAUGAAAUGUCUUUUUCCAUUAUUGUAACAUUUUUGCUGUAUAGUGGCAGGUAUUUUUGUUUUGUGGAAAUGCUUUAUGUUUUCAUGGAAAAACUAGCAAAAUUUUUGAGGAAACCUACAAACUAUUUCACGUUUUAGUGAAACUGUGCCAACUUGUGCUGUAUUCCUGGUGUGAGACUCUUUUCCCGAAAUUCUGAUUGCCUGGGCAUAAAUCAUAUUGGCUGAUGGAGAUGCUUCUCGCAGUUGUCAGUGAUUCCUUAAUUUUUCGACAGUCCAAAGUCAUAAAGUAUUGGGUUCAACCAUGAUUUGUUUUGCUUUUCCAUACAAUUAUGUUCCUUGCUGUGUUCCAGACACUGGGUGUUUGAUAUCAACCAAGACCAAUUAAAUUUGGAUUAAUUUUUAAGGACAUUUCUUCAUGGUAUUAGAGGCAGUUUUGUCAAUUAAACGAACAAACAAUACUCUAAUCUCCAAUUGGUCUUUCCCCAUUCCUUGCAUGUUUUCAGGGACUGAAGGUCUGAUCUUGCAGCCUUUACUUAUGAGAGGAACCCUCUGUCCAAGAAGAGAUCAUAUAAAGAGCUCUCAGCCAUUUCCAUACUCCAUAUUCAGGCAAAAAUUCCAUUGCAUCUAGUAUGAGGUAAUCCUAAGUAAGGAAUCUUGGAUUGAGUCCUAAAUGUGCUGUAGAUUUUUCCAUCUGCUUCCCAUAUCACUAGCCUUUAUUUUAAAUAUUCUUGGACAAAGAAAAAGAAAAAAGUUCUGCUAUUUUUAAUUAUUUAUUACCCAUGUUUUGUCUAAUAUUACUUACUCACUUUUCAUUUUCAGAAGAGAACUGGUAAAAGCAAAAAAUGGCACUUCAUCACUUCCUCUCAUUAUAUGUACAAUGUAAAUAUAUUUUAAUUUCUUAUUGUAGCUGACAAGGUUGUAACUUGAAAAUAUGGAUUAUUUCACAGUUUUGUAAAUUGUAUUGAUCUAUUAUGUAUUUUACUGUACACUGCUGCUCCCACACUGCGUGCAAUAGAAAUGUAAUACUAGACUACUCAUUCACACCCUGGCAGGCCUUGCUGUUUUUACUGAAUGGCUCUUUUCCUCUUUAAAAGGUCAUUUUAAAGAAUCAAUGUUCUGAAGUUAGGGGAGGCUGUGGAAUAUGGUAUGCAGCAUAUUCUUCCACUAUGAAAAGUAGGAGACAAAAAGCAUGAGGAAAGACUAAGAAACACUUCCUAUACAGUUUUCAAUAUAUUGUUACAUUAAUAUAUAAAUAUACUGAUACAUUAAUUUGCUGUUAUUUUUACUGUAUUCCAGGUCCCCUGGUACAUUCAGCCUCCAUAUUCCUUCUCCUAUCCCCUUUAAUUUAGAGGCCUUUUCAGCAGCACUUUGUGGCUUAACAUGCUACUUUCAAUUCAUUUGUACUUUUGAAAACUAACUUGCAGGUGUUAAACAAUUGCUAAUGUUGGCCUACCUGACGACUUCUCACAGAUACCUGUGGGAAGGAGAACAUAAGGAUUUUCUCCUAGAAUUUCAUGGGCAGGGGGGAGGGAAGGGGGGUUAGAUGCAGGGUCUGCAGGUUGUAGAAUGGAUAUUGAUUUUAGUCCUAAACUUUGCUGGUUGCAAAGAAGCUACAAGAGGCACAAAGGCCUGUAUUAGCUCUGUGGACCUAGUAAUUUUCCCCUUCUUGCCACUUCUUGUAGUGAAACUCCACUGGAGAGAGCUAGGAGGGGUUCCCCAUGCCAUGUCUGCCCCCUUUCAGGAAUUUCACAUUGUACAGAAGGAGUGUGAAUUAAAGUAUCAUAGCCCAGUGUGUAUUUUCCUUUCUGGAUAAUAUGCAUGAGUAAUAUACAUGGGAGGUUGAUGUACCUUUCCUUUAGUCCUUCAAAUUCUUUUCCAGCUUGCCAGUUCUUAUGACUUCUCUCCUCCUUCUGGGUACCUUCCCCAAUAAACAGUCCUGCCUGGGGUUUGAGGAAGGGGAUGGGGCCACAGAGGCAAUCAACCGUUGAAUGCAUAUUGACAUUUAGCCGUUUAGGUAACAGUUCAGUUAUAAGCAACCUCGCCAUUUCAUAUCUCAGGCCUGACUCUUAAAUCUGCCUGCUGGUGCUUCUCUAGCACUUAAGAGAACUCAUGUUCCCCAUGUAGGGACUUUCUCAGAGCUCACUGAAGCCAGUGGAAAGAUGGUGAUUGUUUUCAGUGAGCUUUGGAUAGGUCCUUAACAGACAGAAUACACAGAGACCACUCAUAUGCAAAUUGGCACCAGAGUAUCAGCAGCUGGGACUCCAAGGAAAGUGAACAGCUGCUUGAGUAAAGCAUUGCAAAGACUGCGUUAAAUAUACUAUUUACAUGUUUGAUACUGAGUCGAAAGCUAAAAUUGCUGUUACUAUGUAUUUUUAAAAAACUAGCUCGGAAAGUGCUUCCUUUCAACUUUCAUAACAUUUGUGAUGGAAAUAAUUUGAGUUGUACUUUUAAAAAUAUAUAAUUCCAAUUAAAAUG